AUGUCCAAAAUCCUCGCAGUCUUUGGAGCCACCGGUCAACAAGGAAGCUCCAUCAUUCACCACGUACUAAACGACCCAUCCCUAUCUCAACAAUACACCAUCCGAGGCAUAACUCGCAACACCACCUCCCCUGCAUCCCAAAAGCUCGCCGAGAAAAUCUCCCUCAUUCACGGCGACAUCACCGAUCCCCAUUCGCUCCGCGCAGCAUUAGCAAACGUACAUACCGUAUUCAUCAUGACUCUUCCCGAUUUCAGUCCCAACGCAGUAGAAAUCGAAUACCACAACGGUAAAACCAUUGUCGACGUAGCUAUCGAGAUGGGAGUGCAAUAUAUAAUUUUCAGCACCUUACCUCACAUAUCUUCACUCUCCAAAGGUAAAUACACCAAAGUCACCGCUUUUGAUGCAAAAGCCAAGAUCGAGCAGUACAUCCGGAGUCUUGCGAUCAAAAGUUCUUUCAUUUCGCUCGGUUCCUUUAUGCAGAAUUUUCAAGCGCAAGACUUUCUGGCUCCGCGAGCAGCGGCGGAUGGGACAUGGGUUUUGUCUCGACAUGGUAGUUUGAAAAUGCCGUUUCCGCUACUCGAUGCGAUGGGUGAUGCGGGGAAAUUCGUGGGUGCGAUUCUCGCGGAGCCAGAUAAGUAUCAGGGGAAAACUUUCUGUGCCGCGGUGACAAUUUACACAAUGGAGGAAAUUGUCGCAGCAUUGUCGAAAUCGAGUGGGAAAAUUAUCGUUUAUAAACAAGUCAGCGAGGAUGCUUUUAAGAGUAGUAUGUCUUUUGCGGCGGAGAUGUUUGCCGAGUAUUUUAGCUUCUGUGAGGAAUUUGGAUAUUGGGGUCCGGGAUCUGAGGAGAAAGUUGUGUGGGCUGUGGAGAAUGCGCGUGGUAAAUUGACAACGUUAGAGGAGUAUUUGGAAGUACAUCCUUAUCAACUUGAAUGA